AUGGAGAAGCAAAGACUUCCUCAGACAUUUUUGCCCUCUAUGAGGCCAGAAAACACCACUAUGAUGGUAACUGAGUUUAUCAUACUAGGGUUUGGAGACCUUAAGGAACUGAGUCCCUUACUCUUCCUAGUGUUUGGCAUUGUCUACUUAGCCACCAUUUCUGGGAAUCUUCUCCUUGUGGUGCUGGUGAGCACUCAACAGGUUCUACAAACUCCAAUGUACUUCUUCCUGGUGAAUCUCUCAUGCCUGGAGGUAUGCUAUACAUCCAAUAUUGUGCCCAGGAUGCUGGUAGACUUGUUGAGAGAAAAUAGAGCAAUGUCUAUGGUGUGUUGUAUUAUUCAACUCUAUUUCUUUGGGGCCCUGGGAAGCACUGAAUGUUGUCUACUGGCAGUGAUGUCUUAUGACCGGUACCUGGCUGUCUGCUGGCCCUUGCACUAUCCAACAUUAAUGCAUAAAACUUUGUGUAUGGGACUGGCAGUUGGCUCGUGGCUUAGUGGCUUCACUGUAGCAGCUGCAUUCCAGGGUGCUAUGGUAUCCAGCUUGACCUUCUGUGGGGACAAUGAGAUUGACCACUUCUUCUGUGACUUGAAACCUCUACAGAGGCUCUCCUGCACAGAUCCUCAUCUGGUCAACCUGGUGUGCAUGAGUCUAACAGCCCUGGUGACUCUUGCCCCCUUUGGACUAACCCUAGCCUCCUACUGGAGGAUUCUUUCAGUGGUCUUGCAUAUGCCAUCCACAACUGGUAGGCAAAAGGCAUUCUCCACUUGCUCCUCUCAUCUAGUAGUUGUGACCUUGUUUUAUGGGACCUUAAUCUUGGUCUAUGCUGUGCCCUUGGCUGGCCAGGUGACAACUCUACAUAAAACCUUUUCCUUGCUGUAUACGGUUGUCACUCCCCUGUGUAAUCCUCUUAUCUACAGUCUCAAAAACAAAGAUGUCAAGGAUGCCCUAAGGAAACUGAAAAUUUGA